CCGUGGGACUUCCUUCAGAGCAGGAGGAAGAUGGUCUCUGUGCUGUUAUGUGCGUUACUGGCAGCGGGCGCCUCCUAUGCCCUGGUGCCCAUGCCCGGUACUUCGCCUUGGCUGGACACGUCCAUGUGCGCCCCGACCGACUCCCUGAUGAUGUGCCAGCUGAAGAAGGGCCAGUGCUCGCCCCUGAACACGGUCUUCUCCCCCCCGGGCGGCCCCAUCAAGACCAUCACCGACUGCGCCAACGCCACCGGCCUCGUCCUCGGACCGCAGUUCUUCAUGAGCGCUGGUUCGUUGGCUUUGGUUAUCCGUUUUUUUUUAAGUACUUUCACGCAGUGCUGUCAAGAGAUCAGUGCCUUAAGCACGGGAGAGGCCUUCAUAAAGGUAUAA